CACCUCUUCACCCUCUUCCUAUCUUCACUUUCUCUCUUCUCUCUCUCUCUCCAGCGAAUAAAAACAGAGUUUCACAAUCACAAUGUGCGACUCAGACUUUCUCUCUCGCUGUUCCUCAUACGAGGCAGACGUUGAUUCAGACUCAGACGUCUCGAGCACCAGCUCGUACAGUGUAUCCGAGGAAGAGAUAGACAAUGGGUUUGGUGGUGAGUCGAUGAAAAAGACCAAGAAGCUAGAGAAGAAGAAGAGCAAUGUGUUGCUUGAAGGUUACGUUGUAGAUGAUUUGAAGAGGACCAAGAGUUUAACGGACGAUGAUCUCGAGGAGCUUAAAGGCUGUGUAGAUCUAGGCUUUGGGUUUAACUACGAGGAGAUUCCUGAGCUUUGUAAUACUUUACCAGCUCUUGAGCUUUGUUACUCGAUGAGUCAGAAGUUUAUGGAUCAAGAUCAUUCCCCUGAGAAGAAAACGCCGAUGAUGCUUGAGUCUCACGUUAGUCCUAUAGCUAGCUGGAAGAUCUCUAGUCCUGGGGAUAAUCCUGAUGAUGUCAAAGCAAGGUUGAAGUUCUGGGCACAAGCUGUGGCAUGCACUGUGAGAUUAUGCACUUGAGAAAAUGAAGAUUUGGACUUGAAUCAAUCAAAGCUUGAUGGAUCAAAGAAGAGGAUGAACAAGACAACUGAUGCAGGAGUGAUAUCUCUUUAUAUGCUGUUAUGUUUCAGCUUUUUGAGACUGACCUGCUUGUAAACACACAUUUGUUGUAUGAGUUAUGUAAUGCUCAAUGCUUAAUGACCUAGGGAAGAUUUUGCUAGGAAAAUUUGUUGUAAUGCAUUAAUAAAAGAUCAAAUAAAUAAAAAUAUUCUUUUAAUGAAA